UUGAAUAUAAUAAAUGAAUCAUCGAGGGUAUUUUUUUUUGAUCUUCUUUGUUUAAAUCUUUUUUUCUUCCCAUAUUUCCAUUUUUACGUUUGGUACCUGCUUUGGGUGACACAUAAUCCACUGCGCCUCGCGACACAAUCUUGGUCAAGCCUCGUGAUUUUCUCAUUUUCUGCGGACCCCAGAUUUAUCCGCAUUGCGACGGCGAUACAGCGAAAACACCAGCGCAUCCGAACUUGGCGGGGGUCGAUAAUCGGGCACACCAAAACGACAAGCGGCUUUCUCGACUUGGAUUCGAAACAACAAGUUACACCUGGGCGACUGCGCUUCGGCUGGGUCUAUUCGCGCUACAUUCUCGACGCGACUCUUGUUCUCGAACCUUUUUGAACCUCCAUCUCGUAAUCCGGCGGAUCCUGGUAUUGCGCGCACAUCGACAACAGCUUCGCAGCGAACAAAGCCAUGUCAAUGGACUCGUAUGGAGUCCGGAGGUCGGACACCACCAAAGGGCCGCCUCUGCGCAUCCUGUCUCUUGCGACGAUGGCUGCUAACACUUGGCCUGUCACAGACGGAGGAGGCGUGCGAGGCUAUUCCAUGCUCAUCAUCAUCCAAGAGCUCAUGCACCGGACCUUUGUGGAAACCGAGGGCCGCGCACCCAAGCGACACGAAAUCCCGAAGCCAUGCGAACACUUUGACCUCAUCAUCGGCACCGGCACCGGCGGCCUGAUCGCAAUCAUGCUGGGCAGGCUGCGCCUGGACUUGGAGACUUGCAAGGAGCUGUACGUCCGGAUGACGAAGAUGGUGUUUGAGACGGACAAGACGAUUGCCGGUAUCCCAUACCGAUCCACGCUUUUCAAGGCGAGCAAGCUGGAGGAGGCCAUCAAGCAGGGAGUCUGGGAACAUACGGUCAACGGAAAAGAAGGCAACGACCACGAGGUAGAAGUCGCCAACCCCCUCCGUUCAUCAAGUCGCUCAAGCUCAGGAUCCGUCAAGCGACACUCUAGCAAUGCCAGUACUCUUAGUUUCAGUGCACGCCACCCUUCCGGCCAGGUAUCUACUCGGCCGGUGAUGAAUAUGAGAUAUGGCAACGGGAAUGCAAGAUUAUACGAUGCUCGAGAGAAUAGAACCAAGACUGCCGUAACAGCAAUGUACAAGGGAUCCCAGCGAGGGUCGCCCCCCGUGCUGCUGCGUUCAUACGACUCUCGCAAAGAGCCUCCGCCAGAGUUUGACUGCAAGAUCUGGGAGGCCGGACGCGCGACUUGCUCCAUCGGGCUGGCCUUUAAGCCUGUUCAGAUUGGCCAGUCGAUAUUCCACGACGAUGGCGCCGGCACUUUUAACCCUGCACCCGAGGCUUUGGACGAGGCAGUGAUUAACGAAUGGCCAGGACGAGAAGUGGGCGUCUUUGUCAGCGUUGGCACUGGAAGGCGGCCUCGUGGGAGCGACGGAAACCAGCAAGUGUGGUACGAGGGAUUCCUGGGUGAAUUCGCCGAGGCGCGAAGAAAGAUGAUUUCCAAGAUUGAAGGCUGCGAAAAGAUUCACGAGUAUAUGAUCCACGAGCAUCUUUCGAAGCGCGGCGUCAACGUCGAAAACUACUACCGCCUCAACGUCGAAGUGGGCGUUGGUGAGUUUGGCAUGAACGAGUGGAAUCGACUCAGCGAAAUCAGCACCGGCACCCGACGAUACAUGUCCAGGGCAGACGAGCAGACGAUGAUUCACGGAAUAUCGACAAGGCUUGCCAAGAUCCACCGGGCAAAGAUCCGCUGGGAGCGCAGCUCUGCCAACGUGCCCGAGUUGGUCAAGUCGACUUCGGACACCAACUAUGAGCAACCGUUUGCGAUCGAACUGCCCGGCGACAUGCCAACAACUUUUGCGCACAGCCCGCAAACCCCCCGGAGCCGUUCAUCCUUUGAUUCUGCACCGGACAGUCUACAUCUACAGGCAAAUACCCUGUCUUCGCCCCGAGUCUCUGGCGACCACAUUCGACCGGGCACCGGGCACUCUCGUUAUGGAAAACCCGCCCCUGUCCUCGACAGCAAUGUGGUUGACAUGUCGUCUCCGAACCAGUACCGGAUUCCUCCAUUUGCCGAUGACAAGAUUGCCAUUAUGAGCCCCGACGAGGAGCCAAAGUAUCCGGCGCCGCUGUCACUCAAGUCGCCAACGCAGCCGUCGCCGCCAGCUGUGCCGGCCAAGAUGGCGCCCCCUUUGCCACCAAAGACGCCCAUCCACGAAUAUGGCCACCGGCCCCGAGACUCGGAGACGUCGAUCCCGCCUUACCCACUGGACGAUGACGAGGGGCCGCCUCCCAUCAACAUGGCGCGGAAGCCAGAGUAUCUGCAGUAUUAACGAGUGGGAAAUAAGUGAAAAAGAGUUGGAAUAACGGCGUUUCGGAUACCAAAUUGGUGAUGUGACGAGGGCAUGAUUGAAUGCUUUUUUAUUGCUGUUUAUUUUUCUUUGUCUAUAUUUUUUUUAUACUUUUGUUACCUAAAGAAAGAGGGAAUGAGGGAGGGAUUGGAUCUUUGAAUUGUUAUGACAAUGUCUCGCUUUGAUACCAUGGGCGGCGGUGGCGGCACUUUUAAAUAGGGAAAAAUGAAAUACACCAUAUAUACCUUUUGGAAUUUGGAAGCAAAAUAUUCGAUAAACUGACAGAGCAAACCUGCGUAUAUAUGUACUGCUGCCUGUGUAUCUGACAUAUGAUGAUGGACGUGAUGUACUCGAUAAGACCCUGGCUACUAAUUGCUGUGUUGAUGCCACCAUUUGCUACUUUUUCUCAGUUGGGCGAGAUGAGGUGCGAGCUGGUGUACAUACUAGUAGGCAGGCUACCAGCGAUGAUGAUGAUGCAAAUCUCAACUCUACAAGGGUUUUCUAUCGAUCCUUUCUCGAUGCGGAGUGGCGGCUUGCG